UUGUAGACAUAGUAUCGUAACUAUGGUUCCGGAAGCCUAAACAAUGUUCACAUGACGACGGUUGUUUUUUCGCAAUUGUUCCAAUAUCUAUGGCGCUCUUUACGAAAGAUGGAUUUUGAGGAGAAUAUCAUUAAACGGCAAAAUUCUAGUGAAUAUUUCGAUACCGUAAUCGGCCACAUUGAGGAUAUCGUCAUUGGCGAAGAGUUUCAGCAUAUGGUAAAUCAGUUCAUGGAGUGCUAUUACUACGAGUUCGAGCCGGGCGAAGAAAAUAAAAUCAUCUACACCGAAAUUUACCAAAAGUAUACGAACAUGAUAGAGGCGCACAUCGUCGAACAUCUGAACCGGAAGAUGACCUGCUUCGAUAUGGAUCUGUUUGCGAUGGAGCUAGAAAGCAAGAAAACGCAGCAGGACGGAGAGAUCUUCGAGCUACUGUACACGCUAACGGACUUUCUCGCCUUCAAGGAUAUGGUGCUGGAUUACAAAGCGUUCAAAGAAGGUGCAUAUGACGAUCUGAACAAAGGCAUUAGUGUUACCGGUUUGCAAAAGUAG